AUGAGGUUCUCAAAAGUGACGAACCCCAUUUGGGAGCUCUUGAUGGAGAUGUUCAUUCCUGGUGAUGGAUCAAACUCUUACAAGCCUGGUGCACUGCAGACCCCAUUUACUAAGUGUAACAUUAGAGGUUCCAUAGUUCUUCACUGGGGUUUAUCCAAGUUUGUCUUUGGUGGAGUGGUUGUUUCUGUUAAUUCUUUGGAAUUGGUUGGUGGAGAAGGGAAAGGCAGUAUGAAAUGGUUACUUGAUGAGGUAGCACAACAUGAAAAGGAGGCCGAGAGGUCCUUGAUGCACAGGCGCUCUUGAACUGAUUUAUACUGGCAGACACUGAAUGCAAAUGGGUUGACAAAAGAGAAACUUCUCAGUUAUGACCGUCUAUUUACAUCAGAGCCUCGUUUCAGAAGAGAUGCUAAAGAGGGUCUCAUAUGUGACCUUACCGUGUAUUUGAAGGCAUUAAGGUGCUGUCAACUGAUGGAGGCUAGCUCACUCUUGGCCGAUAAAAUGAGUGUUUACAAAUAUUUGAACUGAGAAAUUACCGUCUCGUAAUCAUUUGGAUUUUGCAUUCAUUUUCCAGAAAUAACUGGGAUCUCGGACUGAACUCCACUGAUUCCUGUUGACAAGUCAUGGGAAAGUUAAAGACGUGCUU